AUGGCGUCCCGCGAAAGCUUCGGCAACGGCGGCGGCGGGCAGGGCACCAGCCCGUCCGAUCGCGCAAUCGCCGCAUACGAGGAGCGGUUCUUCCAGACGGCGAACAGCAACGACAGCAAGCGGCGUAUGCUGGAGGAGCGCAUGACCAGGCCGACCCCAUCGACAGGGAUCACCGCGGGCGACGCGCUGAACGCGUCCAACGUGGGCGCGAACGAUCAGCCGGACUCGGACGACGACGAGCAGAACGCGUUCAGGGUCGAGCCCAAGCGCGCCAGGCGGGGCCCCGGGGGAUCUGGGCACGCCAACAACGGGGCUCGGGGCGUCGCGACGUCGCCGCUCGGGGACAAGGAGAGGGCGACGCCCGGGUCCGCGGGCGGUCGAGGUUCCAUCGACACCUACUACAAGCGGGUCGACGGAGUACCCCCGGCGCCCGCUUUCGGAACCUCCCCGACGCACGGCGUGGGCGGCAUCCCAACCCCCGCGUCGGGCUCGGGCGGAAGGAAGGAGAACUACCCCCCGGGAUCGGUGCCCCCCGAAGCGCGGCACGCGAGGACCGCCAGUCACCACGACAACACCCGCGCGGAGCACGAGUGGGCCGCCGCGCUCGAGCAGGCCAAAGCCGGCGCCAAGCGCGAGGCCGACGAGGCGAGGAAGCGCGCGUCGAGGCUCGAGACGGACCUCGCCGCGGCUGCGGCGAGGUGCGAGGAGCUCGCGGCGGAGCUGGAGGCUUCGCGCGAGCGAGAAGCCUCGGCGGAGGCUGCUCGUCACCAGCGCGAUCAGAACAAGACCGCCGGAGUCAUCGCCCUCGCGGUCAAGGUUGCGCGAUUCGAGCGAACCCGGUCGCGGCGCAAGCUGGCCGAGGACGGCCUCAGGCUCGGCACCGUGUCGGUGCAGAGGUCGGGCACCGUGCUGCAGGAGGUUUGGGAGGACGGCGGCGCCUUUCGCGAUCUCAACUCCCGCGCCGCCGCGGUUCAGACCGCCAAGGACGCCGCGGACGACGAGCGUAAGAGGGUGAAGGGGCGGCUCCCGCUGCCGGGCGCCGCGAUCGACGAGUCAGAGGAGAGGGCUCUGAGAGCGGAGUUUGUCCUCUCCGAGGAGGCGCACAAGGUUCGCGUCGCCGCGCUGAAGCGCGAGGAGGAUCUCAUCGGUCGCGAGCGCGAGGCGCUCGAGCGCGAGAAGAGCGCGCACAUUCGCGAGCUGAAGCGCGCGAGGGACGAGGAUAGCUCUCGGUUCAACCAGCAUCCCCUGCUCGGUGACCGGUACGUCCUGAUGAACAUGCUCGGAAGAGGCGGCUUCUCCGAGGUGUACAAGGCGUACGACGUGCUCGAGAUGCGGGAGGUGGCGUGCAAGCUUCACCAGCUCAACCCGCAGUGGAGCGAGCAGAGGAAGGUGACGUACGUCAAGCACGCGGCGAGAGAGUGCGAGAUCCACAAGCAGCUGCGACACCCGUCCGUGGUGCAGCUCAUCGACGUGUUCGAGGUGGACCAGAACUGCUUCUGCACCGUGCUCGAGCUGUGCACCGGGGACGACCUCGACGCUCGGCUGAAAGCGCAGGGCGCGGUGUCCGAGCGCGAGGCGCGCGCCAUCCUGGCGCAGGUCUUCGCGGGACUGGCGUACAUGAACAGCGGCAGCACCACCGUGAUUCACUACGAUCUGAAGCCCGGGAACAUACUGUUCGACGCGGCGGGACGGGUCAAGAUCACCGACUUUGGCCUCUCGAAGAAACGCGACAUGAACGGGGUGCAGACUUUGUCCGCGGAUACCGGCAUGGAGCUCACGUCUCAGGGCGCGGGCACGUACUGGUACCUCCCGCCCGAGUGCUUUGAGACCGGCCCGACGCCGCCCAAGAUCUCUUCCAAGGUGGACACGUGGUCGUGCGGCGUGAUACUGUACCAGAUGCUGUUCAACCGCAGGCCGUUUGGGCACGACCAGAGCCAGGAGCAGAUUUUACACGCCGGGACUAUUCGCCACGCCAAGGAGGUGGAGUUCCCGCAGACGCCAAAGGUGAGCGCGGAGUGCAAGGAAUUCAUAAAGAGAUGUCUGGCGUACAGGAAGGAGGACAGGCCGGACGUGCCCACCGCGGCGAGGGAUCCAUACAUGACCUACGCCAAGCCCGGGAGCGAGUGA